AUGUCUGCCUGGACAGUGAAAGUGGAGUAUCAUGCUGCUAGAGCUCCAUGGGAAACCCCAGUGGAGCGAAGUCAUUCUGUUGGCCUACGGACGCUUCGAGCUUGCUAUACCCCGCAGAAGCUUGCUAGGGCCACCGCUUACGACUUAUGCAAGAUUUACGAUCAUGUUACCUUGAUGAUGAACACAUCGCCUAUUUGUGAGCAUGUUUUGGACCAUCAAGCCGGAUCGUCAUCUUCUACCUUUAUUACUGCGGACUCGCCAGCCUUUGGUUAUACUCGCUCAACUGGCUUAUUGCUUAAAUCGGUGGACGGCGACCCGAUACCCAACUUACAUGCUUCUAGACCGGUCGCCGUAGAAAAUAUCCGUAAGGCAUUCUUGGCACACCAUUGGCAAGCUCUUCGAGACCGCUGCGCUCAACAAACUGGUCGCAAGCCUUCCAAGCAUAUCAAGCCCUUGGACCCUGGUUCCACGGUACUGAUUCGUUAUAAGCCUCGUAACAAGUGUGAUGUGGGUGUUCAUGUUGGUCACAUUGUAUCGGCGGACAUCUCGCCUGAUGGUCUCUGUCGUCGAUAUCGUGUGAGGUCCACCCUGGGUUAUGAGUCUGUGGAGAACCAUUGUAAUGUCGUUCCUCUGGAUGUACACUCUCCGCAAGAGUGUGCCCUCACCAGGGGGGCAUGUUGUAGGAGUCGAUGA